CCCACCGCCUCGCUCCCCGGGAGGGGCGCAGACCCGAUCGCCCCCAGUCCCGAGCCUCCGCCGCCGCGAGGGGGCCGCCUUUGGUUCCGUGUAAUCCGCCUCUUUUUUUUUUAUUUUCUUUUUCUUUUUUUUUUUUUAAUUUUUGGUCGGUGGCGGCGGUGCUGGGCUAGGGGAAGGAAGGGACACGGAGGCCGCCCUCGCCCCGCCACCUCCUAUCCGCUUCCCCUCAGCCCCGGCUCCGGGAGAUGUGCCGGGCGGGGGGCCCGGGUUCGCGGAGCCGCAGGAGAGACACGCUGGGCCGACCCCAGAGCGGCGCUGGACAGGCUGGUGGUCCAGGCCGUGGUGCCCGCCAGGUGAUGCGGGGCGAAGCCCCCCGCACAGGCCACUGAGAGUCCCGGACACGCACCCGGCUGCCACCAUGGCCCGCCUGGCCGCAGUGCUCUGGAAUCUGUGUGUCACCGCCGUCCUGGUCACCUCGGCCACCCAAGGCCUGAGCCGGGCCGGGCUGCCGUUCGGGCUGAUGCGCCGGGAGCUGGCGUGUGAAGGCUACCCCAUCGAGCUGCGGUGCCCCGGCAGCGACGUCAUCAUGGUGGAGAACGCCAACUACGGGCGCACGGACGACAAGAUUUGUGACGCUGACCCUUUCCAGAUGGAGAAUGUGCAGUGCUACCUGCCAGACGCCUUCAAGAUCAUGUCACAGAGGUGUAACAACCGCACCCAGUGUGUGGUGGUCGCCGGCUCGGAUGCCUUUCCUGACCCCUGUCCUGGGACCUACAAGUACCUGGAGGUGCAGUACGACUGUGUCCCCUACAAAGUGGAGCAGAAAGUCUUCGUGUGCCCAGGGACCCUGCAGAAGGUGCUGGAGCCCACCUCGACACACGAGUCGGAGCACCAGUCUGGCGCGUGGUGCAAGGACCCGCUGCAGGCAGGUGACCGCAUCUACGUGAUGCCCUGGAUCCCCUACCGCACGGACACGCUGACCGAGUACGCCUCGUGGGAGGACUACGUGGCCGCCCGCCACACCACCACCUACCGCCUGCCCAACCGCGUGGAUGGCACAGGCUUUGUGGUCUAUGAUGGUGCCGUCUUCUACAACAAGGAGCGCACGCGCAACAUCGUCAAGUAUGACCUGCGGACGCGCAUCAAGAGCGGGGAGACGGUCAUCAAUACCGCCAACUACCACGAUACCUCGCCCUACCGCUGGGGCGGCAAGACCGACAUUGACCUGGCGGUGGACGAGAAUGGGCUGUGGGUCAUCUACGCCACCGAGGGCAACAACGGGCGGCUGGUGGUGAGCCAGCUGAACCCCUACACACUACGCUUCGAGGGCACGUGGGAGACGGGUUACGACAAGCGGUCGGCGUCCAACGCCUUCAUGGUGUGCGGGGUCCUGUACGUGCUGCGUUCCGUGUACGUGGAUGAUGACAGCGAGGCGGCUGGCAACCGCGUGGACUAUGCCUUCAACACCAAUGCCAACCGCGAGGAGCCUGUCAGCCUCGCCUUCCCCAACCCCUACCAGUUCAUCUCCUCCGUUGACUACAACCCUCGUGACAACCAGCUGUAUGUCUGGAACAACUAUUUCGUCGUGCGCUACAGCCUGGAGUUCGGGCCGCCCGACCCCAGUGCUGGCCCAGCCACUUCCCCACCCCUCAGCACGACCACCACAGCCAGGCCCACGCCCCUCACCAGCACAGCCUCGCCCGCAGCCACCACCCCGCUCCGCCGGGCACCCCUCACCACGCACCCAGUGGGUGCCAUCAACCAGCUGGGACCUGAUCUGCCUCCAGCCACAGCCCCAGCCCCCAGCACCCGGCGGCCCCCAGCCCCGAAUCUACACGUGUCCCCUGAGCUCUUCUGCGAGCCCCGAGAGGUGCGGCGGGUCCAGUGGCCGGCCACCCAGCAGGGCAUGCUGGUGGAGAGACCCUGCCCCAAGGGGACUCGAGGAAUUGCCUCCUUCCAGUGUCUACCAGCCUUGGGGCUCUGGAACCCCCGGGGCCCUGACCUCAGCAACUGCACCUCCCCCUGGGUCAACCAGGUGGCCCAGAAGAUUAAGAGUGGGGAGAACGCAGCCAACAUCGCCAGCGAGCUGGCCCGACACACCCGGGGCUCCAUCUACGCGGGGGACGUCUCCUCCUCUGUGAAGCUGAUGGAGCAGCUGCUGGACAUUCUGGACGCCCAGCUGCAGGCCCUGCGGCCCAUCGAGCGCGAGUCAGCUGGAAAGAACUACAACAAGAUGCACAAGCGGGAGAGAACUUGCAAGGAUUAUAUCAAGGCCGUGGUGGAGACAGUGGACAAUCUGCUCCGGCCAGAAGCUCUGGAGUCCUGGAAGGACAUGAAUGCCACGGAGCAGGUGCACACGGCCACCAUGCUCCUGGACGUCCUGGAGGAGGGUGCCUUCCUGCUGGCCGACAACGUCAGGGAGCCUGCCCGCUUCCUGGCUGCCAAGGAGAACGUGGUCCUGGAAGUCACAGUCCUGAACACAGAGGGCCAGGUGCAGGAGCUGGUGUUCCCCCAGGAGGAGUACCCAAGAAAGAACUCCAUCCAGCUGUCUGCCAAAACCAUCAAGCAGAACAGCCGCAAUGGGGUGGUCAAAGUUGUCUUCAUCCUCUACAACAACCUGGGCCUCUUCCUGUCCACGGAGAAUGCCACAGUCAAGCUGGCCGGCGAAGCAGGCCCGGGUGGCCCUGGGGGCGCCUCUCUAGUGGUGAACUCACAGGUCAUCGCAGCAUCCAUCAACAAGGAGUCCAGCCGUGUCUUCCUCAUGGACCCUGUCAUCUUCACUGUGGCCCACCUGGAGGACAAGAACCACUUCAAUGCCAACUGCUCCUUCUGGAACUACUCGGAGCGUUCCAUGCUGGGCUACUGGUCGACCCAGGGCUGCCGCCUGGUGGAGUCCAACAAGACCCAUACCACGUGUGCCUGCAGCCACCUCACCAACUUUGCCGUGCUCAUGGCUCACCGCGAGAUCUACCAGGGCCGCAUCAACGAGCUGCUGCUGUCGGUCAUCACCUGGGUGGGCAUCGUGAUCUCCCUGGUCUGCCUGGCCAUCUGCAUCUCCACCUUCUGCUUUCUGCGGGGGCUGCAGACUGACCGCAACACCAUCCACAAGAACCUGUGCAUCAACCUCUUCCUGGCUGAGCUGCUUUUCCUGGUCGGGAUCGACAAGACUCAGUAUGAGAUUGCCUGCCCCAUCUUCGCCGGCCUGCUGCACUACUUCUUCCUGGCCGCCUUCUCCUGGCUGUGCCUGGAGGGCGUGCACCUCUACCUGCUGCUGGUGGAGGUGUUUGAGAGCGAGUAUUCCCGCACCAAGUACUACUACCUGGGCGGCUACUGCUUCCCGGCUCUGGUGGUGGGCAUCGCGGCUGCCAUUGACUACCGCAGCUAUGGCACCGAGAAGGCCUGCUGGCUCCGAGUGGACAAUUACUUCAUCUGGAGUUUCAUCGGGCCCGUCUCCUUCGUUAUCGUGGUCAACCUGGUGUUCCUCAUGGUGACCCUGCACAAGAUGAUCCGAAGCUCAUCUGUGCUCAAGCCUGACUCCAGCCGCCUGGACAACAUUAAAUCCUGGGCUCUGGGGGCCAUUGCGCUGCUGUUCCUGCUGGGCCUCACCUGGGCUUUCGGCCUCCUCUUCAUCAACAAGGAGUCGGUGGUCAUGGCCUAUCUCUUCACCACCUUCAACGCCUUCCAGGGGGUCUUCAUCUUCGUCUUUCACUGCGCCUUACAGAAGAAGGUGCACAAGGAGUACAGCAAGUGCCUGCGUCACUCCUACUGCUGCAUCCGCUCCCCUCCCGGGGGCACUCACGGAUCCCUCAAGACCUCAGCCAUGCGAAGCAACACCCGCUAUUACACAGGGACUCAGAGUCGAAUUCGGAGGAUGUGGAAUGACACUGUGAGGAAACAGACGGAGUCCUCUUUCAUGGCGGGUGACAUCAACAGCACCCCAACCCUGAAUCGAGGUACCAUGGGGAACCACCUGCUGACCAACCCUGUGCUGCAGCCCCGUGGGGGCACCAGCCCCUACAACACCCUCAUUGCCGAGUCGGUGGGCUUCAAUCCCUCCUCGCCCCCGGUCUUCAACUCCCCAGGGAGCUACCGGGAACCCAAGCACCCCUUGGGAGGCCGGGAAGCCUGUGGCAUGGACACCCUGCCCCUGAACGGCAACUUCAACAACAGUUACUCCUUGCGAAGUGGGGAUUUCCCUCCCGGGGAUGGGGGCCCCGAGCCGCCCCGAGGCCGGAACCUAGCUGAUGCGGCGGCCUUCGAGAAGAUGAUCAUCUCGGAGCUGGUGCACAACAACCUGCGGGGGAGCAGCAGCGCGGCCAAGGGCCCUCCACCGCCUGAGCCCCCCGUGCCACCUGUGCCAGGGGGCGGGGGCGAGGAAGAGGCAGGCGGGCCCGGGGGUGCUGACCGGGCUGAGAUUGAACUUCUCUAUAAGGCCCUGGAGGAGCCUCUGCUGCUGCCCCGGGCCCAGUCGGUGCUGUACCAGAGCGAUCUGGACGAGUCGGAGAGCUGCACGGCCGAGGACGGCGCCACCAGCCGGCCCCUCUCCUCCCCUCCGGGCCGGGACUCCCUCUAUGCCAGCGGGGCCAACCUGCGGGACUCACCCUCCUACCCGGACAGCAGCCCUGAGGGGCCCAGUGAGGCCCUGCCCCCACCCCCUCCCGCACCCCCUGGUCCCCCCGAAAUCUACUACACCUCGCGCCCGCCAGCCCUGGUGGCCCGGAAUCCCCUGCAGGGCUACUACCAGGUGCGGCGUCCUAGCCACGAGGGCUACCUGGCAGCCCCAGGCCUUGAGGGGCCAGGGCCCGAUGGGGACGGGCAGAUGCAGCUGGUCACCAGUCUCUGAGGGGACCUCAUGGACCAGGGGCUGGUGGCCCAGGCCAGGGAGGGAACCCUGGGCAGGGCUCUGGUGGGAGAGGGAGACAGAUGGAGGCAGUGGCUGGUGGGCCACUCUCUCCAGGUGCCCCUCAGCCAUGGGCCCUACAGUCCCCUCAGGGGACUCUGACCUGGGGGCCUGAGGUGCCAGGGUUCACAGACAGGGUUUCCCACCAGCCACAUGCACCAGCUCUAUUUGGGGGAAGUGUAGUGAGGAGGAGCCCAGAGGUCCCCAGGGGAGUGAGGAGGGAGAACUUGGAAGGGUGCAGCCCACUUCCAGACUCUCCACUCUCCCACCCUUCUACGCCGUGAAGGGAAAUGAGGGCUUUAGUUUCCCUGGGCGGGAGGGGCAGCUUCUGAGGUUGCCAAAGGCCCCCACUGGAUCGAACCUGUCAGCUGCUCCUCUCCGCAGCCAGAAAUGCUGCCGGCUGCACCCAGAGGGAGCAGUGAGGCAGGACAGAUGGACAGGUUCCUCCUGCGCUACAGUUCCUUGCUCCCUGGAGACUGGGAAAAGGCCACAGGGCAGGGGGACUGGGCAGUGGUGGCUGGUGGUUUAAAGGUCGAACUUUCUCUGAAGCUCCUUUCCCCUUGCUCUUGGUCCCUGCCCCCCAAGCAAGCCUGCCCCCUCUGCCUCCCAGUGCACCCAAUGACCCCCUCCCUUGGGGCGACUCCUGAUGAAGCACAACUCCCCGCAGGGCCCCCAGCCCACAGGGGUGGCCAUAUUUGGGCAGUUCCCAGUCCUGUGGGCUCGGCUAUCUGGGGAGCAGAUUUUGGGUCUGGAUCUCCCUGGGGAGUGGGUCCUGGGCUUGGAUCUUUCCCUAGGGGGCCCUCUUACUCCUUCCUCUCUCCUCCUCCUCCUUCCCCAUUGCUGUAAAUAUUUCAACGAAAUGGAAAAGAAAAAAAAAAAGACAAAAAAAAAAAAAAGACAAAAAAAAUCUCAUCACUUGAAGCCACCGGGAGCCUGCGGCCCGGGCCAACCUGGGCUUUCUCCGGAGCAGAGCGGCGCUGCCGGCCCGGCAGCCAGGACUUCUCCGUGUACGUGCAUCCCCAGUCCCCGCCGGGGCGGGCGGGCCGCCAGAGCAGCUUUUUACAAUCCAGAGACAGAAAACAAAAUCUAGAUGCAACAGCGAAACAAAGAACCCAUUUCCUUCCUGGCACCCGUUUCUGUCCCCUCCUUUCCUGCUCUGCCUGCCCAGCAUCAUCAGCCCUCCUGGGGCGUGUACCUCACUGCCUGCCCCAGGACCAGAGGCCUGUCUCCCCCUUCCCUCCCCAUCGGCCCGGGGGAGACCCCCUCACACCCAAAGAUGCUUUGUCAAGAUGGCUGCGCUGUCCCUUUGA